AAUAAAUAAAUGUCAAUAAACAGCACGCGUCCAGAAUUUUGCUGCUGCGAUUCCAAAACAAUCCGACGAAGUUGUAGAUACCCCGUGCAAUUUGUUGCAUUUAUUCUAUUGCGCUUGUAGCCGGCUGUCCCAGUGCUAUAACCCAUUGUAACAAUGUUUCUGCGUAGGAUUUUAGCGGCCGGUUUGCCGCGGUCGAUGUCCACUGCUUCGAUGCCCGAGCAGGUGGUAGCGGUGGAUAAAGCUUCCGACGUGCUAAAUCAUCCUGACUACUUUGACGUGCAUAAGCUUUUCACGGUCGAAGAUCUGUUCCGUGCUAGGGUUCACCUAGGCCACAAGGAGGGAACGCUGAAUGACAGCAUGAAAGGUUACUUGUACGGCAGCCGUUUGGGCCAUUGCAUUAUCGAUCUGGAUAAAACGGUAGAAUAUCUACGCACUGCCUUAAACGUCGCUGCUCACAUCGCAUACCGCGAUGGAAUUAUUUUAUUCUUCAAUCGCAACGCACUCAACGCCCACAAAGUAGAACAAACAGCCAAAGAGUGCGGCGAAUUUGCGCACACACGUUAUUGGCGAGGCGGUGUGUUCACGAAUGCAAAAGUUCAGUUCGGCGCCGUGACGCGUCUCCCGGAUUUGUGCAUAUUUCUAAACACCAUGAACAACGUCCUCGACAUGCACACGGCAGUGCGUGACGCAGCCAAGAUGAAUAUUCCAACGAUCGGCAUCGUUGAUACGAACUGCAAUCCAAACCUUAUCACCUAUCCCGUACCCGGCAAUGACGAUAGUCCGGCCGCGAUCGAGUUGUAUUGCAAACUGUUCAAAAAGGCCAUUCUUCUGGGAAAGGAAAAACGGAAGGCGCAUGAGGCAAACGGAGCUCAGUGAAGAUAUUUGAACAACGCAUGUUACUAACCAAUUAAGUAGAUUAAAAUGCUAGGUCCCGAAGAACAGGAACGAAAACUUCAA